AUGGAAGAAUUACAAAAAGGAGAAAUAAUAGCUGAAGAAUAUGAAAUAAUUAAUAAAUUAUCGUAAGGAUCUUUUGGAAAGGUUUAUUUGGGUAAAUCAAGACUAAAUAAAAUUGAGGUGGCAAUAAAGGUUGAAAAAAACGAAGUUGCUUAUCUAAAUAGUAUAUAAAAAGAAGUUUCUUAUUAAAUAAUAUUUAGGUUAGAAUAUUGAAAUAAUUAGAAGGAGUUGCUUAAGUUCCAAGAUUGUUUUGGAAUGGAUACUAUAAAGGAAUGGAUAUAAUAAUUUUGAAUAUGCUUGGCAAAGAUUUGAUCUAUUUUUUUCAUAAAUUAAAGCAUUUCUCUUAUUAGUGUGUGUGCAAUAUAGCCAUAUAAAUGAUAGAAAUUUUAGAAUUUAUCCAUAAAAAGUAUAAAAUCACAAUCUAAAUUUAAGAAAUAUCAUUCAUAGAGAUUUAAAACCAGAAAAUAUUUUAGGAUCCACAAAUUCUUCAAAGAUAUAUUUGAUUGAUUUUGGUAUUGCUAAAGAUUUAGAAUAAAUUAAAAAAUCUAAAGAUAAAUUAUCUUUUAUAGGAACAACAAGAUAUGCUAGUUUAGCUGCUCAUUUGGGAAUUGAGUAAAAUAAAAAAGAUGAUUUAGAAUCAUUAGGAUAUAUACUUAUUUACUUUCUUAAUAAAAGUCUACCUUGGAUGAAUAUAGAUAAAGAUGAUACCUAUAGAAUUCAAAAAAUAGGAUAAAUGAAACAAGAAAUCACUUAAGAAUAAUUAUGUUAAGGUUUACCAACUGCAUUAUUAAAGUAUUCCUUUUUAUAUUUAGAUAUAUGAAAUAUGUUAAAUAAAUGACCAAUAAACUAAAACCUGAUUAUUCAUCAUUGAAAAACUUAUUUUUAAUUGAAAAUCAAAACAAUACUUCUCUAAUUUUUGAUUGGAAUAAGAAGGAUUAUUAAAAAUCAAAGUGCAAAUCUUCUAAAUCUUUAAAAUCUUUGAAAUACAUCUAAAAUAAUAAAAAUUAAAUUAGCAAAAAAAAUCAUUAUUAAUCUAUUCCAAAUAUUUCAAGGGAGAGUUAAGUUUAGAUUAAAACAUUAUAAAACUAUGAAACUUUUGGUUAAAAAGAAUCUAGCGAUGAACAUUCAAAUUCUAUUAAAUAAUUUGUUAAUUAAAAAAGCAUUUUUGUUGAUUAUUCUAUUAGUAUUGAAUAAACAAAAAUUUCUAAAUUUUCUCAAUAUAGAUAAAAGAGUUAGAAAAGUAUCUUUGGUAAAAAACACUAAAAAAGUUAAUAAAUCAAAGAAUCUUCAAUAAUUCCUAUGCAAUCGGAAGAAUAAUUAUAUGAAAUGGAAGAAUCAGACUUAGAAUUAAAGUAUAAUUUAUUGCAUUAUACUUCAGUAUUUUACAAUUAUAAAAAUCCUAUAUAAGAGUUUAAAGUCAUCCAUUUUAAUUGAAAAUUACUUAUUUUUGCUAAUUUAUAAACAAUUAUAAAAUAAAUUAAAUAACAUUAUAAAGCAUUCUUUUCUAAUUUAAGAAUAUUAAUAAUAUAAAUAAUUCAUAACAAAAAAUGAAUAGAAACUUUAAUACCUUAAGAGUUUAAACAAAAUUCGAUUUCGAUGCAAUCAUAUCUCAAUUAGAUAAUGGAUCUCCUUUAUCAUAAAUCCAUGUUAAGAAAUUUUCAGGAAUUAAAAAUCUUGAUCUUAUUGAGACUUAAGAUGAUUCAUAUGAAACUCCAAAAGAAUCAUCAAACUCUCUAAUAGAUGAGUGUCCAAAUAUUAAAGAAAAGAAUAAGGAAUUAUGA